AUGAAGAUUAGAUUUUGCAAAUCAUUCUUGUCACGUAUUCUCAGGCGUCGUCAACCUAUAUCCACUGUUUAUCCCACUCCCACCAUGUCUUUUCUAUCACCACCACUUACUACUACUACUACUUCCACCAUUGGCGCCAACACUACAACUAGGGGAAUGCUCCGAUCUCGAUCAGAAGAUAACAUAAAGAAACUUGGGGACUGUAUGGACAACAUGGACGAAGACGUUUCAAAAUUAUUCGUUGAGUUUCAACAAACCGAUCUACGUGAAGAUCCGGAGUUGUUCCGUCUUCUCAACAAAUACUUCAGCACUAGCAAAUCUGUUUCUCAUCUCUGCGAGUCUCUCAAGACAUGCUUAGAGAGAGCAGAGAAGAAGGAUUAUAACUUGAUUGAUGAAGCUCUAAGUAAUUUUCAUGAAGAACAAUUGAGUUAUAGGGGACUAAUGGAAGCAAGUUUCAGAAAAACAUUCAGUGAUCUGAGGAACUUCAACGACUUUGAUGACCACAACUUGGAUUAUUGUGAGUUUCUCAGCAAAUUACAGAGCUGUCACGAAGAGCUGGCGAAGAUGAUUGUGGAACUAGAGAAGACGAUGAAAAGAAUUGAUAAAAAGUUGAGACGUGUGAGAGGUCGAAGAGCUAUAGGAGCUAUUGUUACUGCCGCUUUAUUAGCUCCUGUAAUCGUUGCUAUAUUCAUUAGCAAGACAGUGGCGGGGGGUUUUGGAUUAGUUCCAUUGGAGGCGUUGAGUUCGUUUGUAGCUUCGAGGUGGAAGAGAUCAACCGAAGCUUUGAAACUACAAAAGACCGCGAUGAGCUCGAUGGAAAGAGGAACAACGGUUGCUCUUAAAGAAGUAGAGAAGAUUACUAAACUGGUGAGUCGACUUGAAAGUGUUGAGAAAUCGAUUCGAGUAGCGACCGAGUUCGCUGUUAAGAAACGGGAUUCGAUGGCUGUCGCUAUGAGAGAGGUGGAGGAGGAACGGAAGAGUUUGAAGUUAACUUUCUUGGAGCUUGAUAGAGAGACCGGACAGUGCGACGGUUUUGCUCAGUUUGGACGUACGGUGGCUUUGGAGAAAAUGACUGAGUUUUUGUCUCGUGGCCAGAAGAGCUCGACGAAAUAG